AGUAGGAACGGAAAGUUAUGGAGAAAAUGUUUUGGUGUUUAGCGUUUGUCUGGCGUUUCUAUUAAAUCAAGACUAGGAGGUGAGGACAGGACAGGUGUGGUCUGUACUCAGUACUGUAGUCUGCAGUACUGUAGUGUAGAGAAGAGAGUAAACGCCAGUACGCAUUUGACUAUUUGAUGACCAUGAUAUGUCCGUCUCUCCAGAAAACGUGAUGAAAGGGGGUGGUAACGAUGACACUGACGACAUGGAAAACAAGUCUGAUGACUCUACCGAAUCCAAAACUGAAAACGUGAAGCCAGCUAGCCGACGCAGGCAUCGUCACCAACGCAAGCCACCAGCGAAAGUCGAGUGGGAGGUGAUAGAGGGGCUGAAGCAGGGCCAGCGCUGCGAGACGAAACCAGAAAAACAUGAAGGCUACAUGAUGAAGCGACGCAAGUGGCCACUGAAGGGCUGGCACAAGAGGUAUUUUGCGCUGGAGAAGGGCUUUCUCGCAUAUGGGAAGACUGCCGAGCUGAUGCACAAGGGGAAGCUGCACGGCUCGGUGGAUGUCGGUCUCUCCGUCGUCUCCGUGAAGCAGCAGGAGAUGCACAUCGACAUAGAUGCAGAGGACUUCCUCUAUCACCUCAAGGUUAAGGAGCACGAUGCGUUUGAGGGCUGGGUGAAGCAGCUGCGUCAUCACCGGCUCUACCGGCAGCACGAACUCUCCUACGGCGUGCACGACCUGCCGCGUCUCAUCGACAUCCAGUCGCCGACGAAGGACCUCGCCUCUCCCGUGUUCCCGCUGGAGGAGCGAGUCUUCCUGCCAUCGUCACGCAGCAGCAGUCUGCGCGUCGGAGAGUCGCACGGACGCCUCGGCACGUGGAUCCGCGAGUCGGCGGGCCUCGAGCGAUACGACAAAGAGUUGACGAGCGCUCGACUAAAAUCAUCUUCAGCUGCGGAACAUUAUCGGCAGCCUACGUGUCGAGUCUGGGCAGUACACAACGAAGCGCGACUCCAAGAAACAGCAGAAGCUCAGAAGGCUGAGACGAGGAAGAAGGAGAAGAGACAGAAGGAGAGCGACACCAACUCAAACAGCAGCUCGAAAACCUCGCUCAGCGCGGCGACGCUGAUGGCGACGACACCGGAGGGACUGCGCACGAGCUCGUCGAACCCGAACCUGCCGUCGCUGCGGCCGACCAGCCUCACCGACGUCAACUCACCACUGCUCUCCGUGCUCUCCGGCUCCACCGACAGCUUCGACUCUCACGGUCUUCAUGACGACUUUGUCAAGGUCGCGGAGGAAGUUCACGACCAGCUGCGCGGGCUGCUGCGAUCGAUCCAGACCGAGCGCGACCGUCUCAAGAACGUGCUCGAACACGAAUGCAACCCCGCCGCCUCGGCCAGCGCGUCGCCGGCCGUCGUCGUCGGCCCCAACGCCACCGUCAUCCAGUCCCUGCGCAUUGCACUCAACCAGGCAGUCCAGCAGAAUGCAGAGCUGCGGGCUCGGCUCAGUCGCAUUCACGUGGAGGCGAUGGUACCUGAGAUGGAUGCAGUGCUCUCACCUACAAUAGAUGCAACUGUCAUGAACGAGAGUUGUAAGCUAGCCACUAGCAAGAGCAUCCGUUAG